AUGAGCAGCUCGGUCCCUUUGGUCGUCUAUACUCCGAACUCACCAUACACCUACCAAUCGAAUGUAUCUAUGUUCGACUUACAGUAUUAUACCACAGAACGUCAUUUGAUUAUUAGGAAUGGUUAUGAUGUCGCUAUGAUGGCCAACGCAACAAUUGACCCUGACUGGCCGACAUAUUUAGGCUGCGCGAUCCUGAGUCGAAGUCUAGAACGCACUGACAUGGCCGUCCCAGAGCAAUACACAAUGUGUGUUAAACGAUACUGCUGGAACAGCACGACCAAUGAUACAGACCCGGGCAACUAUGAUCCCCCUUACAAAUUACCGCAUCGGUAA